AUGAUGCUAAAUGCCCUCUGCCAACGCCGCUGCCGGCCGGCAACUGUACAUCUAUAUAUUGCGAGGUUGUCAAUCGAGCUAGUUAUAGCAACAACAACAAUAGCGCGGUUCUCCGGGGCCACGGUGUUGCUGAUCCUGGUCGCCACUGUGUCCGUGUACACCUGCGCCAUCCUUGGUGGCACCGCCAUCGGCCGCACGCUGGACAAGGCGAAGCUGCAACAGCCCUCCCUCGGUGUCAGCAUCACCAUCAGAGCCGCCGACGACUCUGCCGCCGCUGGCCACAAGAUCGAAGAACGUUCAUCUUCGUCGUCUGCCAGAGCUCGUCGUCGCCCUAGAGACGACAUAUCAUCAUCAUCACUACUGCCAUCAUCAUCCGUUGAAGAUCUUUACCCUAGCGAUGCCGUAUCGUCGUUGCCAUCGUCAUCGUCAUCGUCAUCAUCUUCCGUCUCGCCUUUACGGCGAGCCAAUUACUACACGCCAUCCUUCACCCCUGGUGACGAGGCGCGGGCCAAGUGGAUGCAAGCCGUGAUGGAGAGACAAAUGAGAAGGCAACACGGCGAUGGUAACUUCUUCGGCGAGAUCGAAACCACAAAGGUGGGCCCAUGGGGUGGAUCCGGAGGGCAACCGUUCUACAUUCGCACCGGCACCGGCGGUGCGGCUCGUAUGAGAAGCGUGACACUAUACCACUCCGAUGCCAUCCACACCUUUUACUAUGACUACUUUGACGAGUUCGGACGGAGAAGGGCGCAGGGGUCCUUGGGCGGCGUUGGUGAUGGCAAUUCAUGGAGGUCCAAAGGAGUUCAUGAAACGUUCUACAUUUCACCGAACGAGCACAUCACCGCUGUCGAGGGGACAUUUGGGCGCACGCGGAGCGACCCCCGGGUUAUCGUUACCUCACUGACUUUCCGUACGGACAAAGGGUACACAUAUGGGCCAUAUGGCGAUGUAUUUGGGGUGCCGUUCUCCGUCCCGGUCGCGAAUGGAUGCGUCGUGGGCUUCUGGGGACGCUCCGGACAACUUCUCGACGCUAUCGGAGUUUACAUUGCACCGUGCAAAGUUUAAAAGGCAACUUCGUAAGCAUGCUCAGUCGUGAUGUUUUUCAGGAGAUCCGAGGUUGCAAAAUACGAAUAGGACCUGUUGUUUUAUAGUCAUGUUUUGUGUAACUUGUAAUUUGAAAAAUAAAAAGUCAUGAUAUGUUUUACAG